GAGGUCCCGGGCACCUUGGGUAGAGCCAGAGCGGCGGGAGCCGGUCCCGGGCGCGUUGCCCCGGGAGCGCCCGUCGUCCGGGCAGAGCGCAGCUGCAACCGCUACCACAGCCGCAGUCGCUUUCCAGCCUGCCUUCGGUGCGCAGUGGGGAAGCAGGGCUAGUGCAGCCGCAGGAGGGGGCACGGGCUCCUCUCCCAUCCCAGAGCUACUGGGCUGCCCUUGCUGUCCUUUCUGCCCCAGCAGAGCCCGGCCGGACCUGCCACCUGCGUCCUGGUUGCGCCAUGGAUCCUUCGGAAAAGAAGAUAUCGGUGUGGAUCUGCCAGGAAGAGAAGCUGGUGUCCGGUCUCUCCCGCCGUACUACUUGCUCGGACGUUGUGCGAGUGCUUUUGGAGGACGGCUGCCGGCGGCGACGGAGACAGCGGCGGAGCCGGCGGCGGGGGUCGGCCGGCGACCCGCCUGGCCCGGGAGAGCUUCCCGAACCUCCAGACGAGGACGACGAGGACGACGAGGCGCUGCCGCAGGGCAUGCUGUGUGGGCCCCCGCAGUGCUAUUGCAUCGUGGAGAAGUGGCGCGGCUUUGAGCGCAUCCUCCCUAACAAGACUCGCAUCUUGCGCCUCUGGGCUGCCUGGGGCGAAGAGCAAGAGAAUGUGCGCUUCGUGCUAGUGCGCAGCGAGGCAUCGCUGCCUAACGCCGGCCCCCGCAGCGCCGAGGCGCGCGUAGUGCUCAGCCGAGAGCGCCCCUGUCCGGCCCGCGGGGCCCCCGCGCGGCCCAGCCUGGCCAUGACCCAGGAGAAACAGCGGCGAGUGGUGCGCAAGGCCUUUCGCAAACUGGCCAAGCUUAACCGGCGGCGCCAGCAGCAGCCUCCGUCGUCCUGUUCGUCCACUUCGUCGUCCACUGCCUCGUCCUGCUCUUCGUCGCCGCGGGCCCACGAGAGCGCGUCGGUGGAGCGCAUGGAGACGCUGGUGCAUCUGGUGCUCUCCCAGGACCACACCAUUCGCCAGCAGGUGCAGCGGCUCCACGAGCUGGACCGCGAGAUCGACCGCUACGAGGCCAAGGUGCACCUGGACCGCAUGCGGCGUCACGGGGUCAACUACGUGCAGGACACUUACUUGGUUGGGGCAGGCAUCGAGCUCGACGGGUCCAGCCCAGGAGAGGAGCCAGAAGAGGUGGCGGCGGAGGCAGAGGCGGCGGCGGCGGCGGCGCCGCCCCCUCUAGACGGCGAGGCGCAGGCGGCGGCGCUGGAGGAGCUGGCCCGGCGCUGCGACGACUUACUGAGGCUUCAGGAGCAACGGGUUCAGCAGGAGGAGUUGCUGGAGCGCCUUUCAGCCGAGAUUCAGGAGGAACUCAACCAGAGGUGGAUGCGGCGGCGCCAGGAGGAGCUGGUGGCGCGGGAGGAGCCCCCGGAGCCCGAUGGCGGCCCCGAGGGCGAGCUGCUGCUGGAGCAGGAACGGGUCAGGACGCAGCUCAGUACUAGCCUUUACAUCGGGCUCCGGCUCAACACGGACCUGGAGGCCGUCAAGUCGGACUUGGAUUACAGCCAGCAGCAAUGGGACAGCAAGGAGCGCGAGCUACAGGGCCUUCUGCAAACUUUGCACACUUUGGAGCUGACAGUGGCGCCGGAUGGGGCUCCUGGCUCCGGCGGUCCCUCGCGGGAACCCGGGCCUCAAGCCUGCGCCGACAUGUGGGUGGACCAGGCCCGUGGACUGGCCAAGAGCGGUCCUGGCAACGACGAAGACUCGGAUACGGGGCUGAGCUCUAUGCAUAGCCAAGACUCGGACUCCGUGCCUAUGUGCGAAUCCCUUGUCUAGGGGUAGCGGGGGAGAGGGGGAAACAGGGAUCUCUUUUUUCUUGCAGAAUGCAGUGGGCCGGCCGGCUCAGGGACUUGAAACCAGGCUGUUGGGCCGGGGGAGGGCUUAGGACGCCUGCCCAGCCUCGCGCUCAUCUGGCUCCGGGGUGAGUGCGGAGGAGGGUGGGGGACGAAGAAGUAGGGUCCCCAGUACAAGUUCUUUAAAGAGAGGGAAGGAGGGAGGAGGCGAGAACCACCUAUAUUGGAAAACAAACACCCCAAGGAAAUUGACGUGGUCCGAGCCCAUUUUCAAAGUAAGGAAGUAUUAUGGAGAUUUCACUACUCUUCUGUAUGGGAAGGACUGAUGGCAGCUAGAACUUUAGUGUGUGGUAUGAAGUGCUUUUAAAAGAAACACUUGGAUGAAAAGGAAAUUCCUUGAAUGUUAAUUGUGACUGUAAACGUGUUAAAACUAGCCAAAGAGGACACACUGGUGUCGGUCUCAGCCUUUCUUACAUCUUUGAUAAAACCCAUAGGCACCAAAAUCCUGGCUGUUUACAUUUCUGCAGAUUUGGGAAUUACCCAUCUGCUAAAUCAUUUGUCUUUUAUUUUCUUUCAAAGGCUAAACUGUAUCGAAGUCUAACUCUGUAUUUCCUCCUAGUAAACAGAGUAGAUGUUAAAAGGGAAUUCUUUUCCCAAAAUAACCUUUUAUUAUUACAAAAGCCAAACAUAAUCAUUUGAGAUAUAAAAUCCUGGCAAACAUAAUCCUGGUUAAAAUUUAAUCUGGGCCCUUUGGGGUCUGUCCCUGCAAAGGCAGGUGUGUUGUCCUUUAAUUCAUAUUGCCACUUCAUUGACUCAAUCACUGUUAUUUCAGAAAAAAAUAAAAGGAAGUGGCAGAAUUCAAGUUACGCACAACAAAACUUGCUGUUUAACAAGCACUCUUUGAAAGCAAAGGUAUGUUAGUGUUCAGCUUUUAAAUUGAGCUAUGUGAUUAAAACCAACCAUGACCUCAACGGAUUUUACCCAAACUUGUCUAACUUCAGUAUCUUUUGUCAGAGAUUAAUUAGUUACUUGUUCAAACUCAGAUAGAGUAAAUAUCAGGGUUUCCUAGAUAAGGCCAGAAAAGAAAAAAUAAAACAAAACAAUCUCAUAGUACUCCUUGGGUGAACAAUUUGAUUAACGAUGGCACAUAGCCAUGGAAAAAAAGAUAAAAAAUGAGUUAAGAACUUGAAUUACUCUUUUCUGGCACACGCCUAUGCCUAUGCACAUGCCAGGAGAUGCAAGUACACCACCAUCUCAGUAGCUGGCGACAGAAGUGGUGGGGACUCCAUGUAAUUGUUCCAGUUAUUUCAAUUAAAACUUAUCAGUUGUAGCUAGUGGUUGGCCCUGCGGAAGGAGCCUGCUGGCCGAUUUCCCUCUGCAGCUCAGUACUUCUGAGGAAUGUGGGAUCUAAUCUGUCCUCAGGAGGUAUUAACAAUGGGUCCUGUGUGUGGUACCAGCAUGGUGCAGAAACCUCUUAUCAACCUACUCUUGAGGGGCUGGCUCCAGUUUCAACACUACAUGUGAAGAUAACUUAAGAGGCCUUUGCUUUAUACAGAAGUUCCUUCCCUUGCAGAGAUUCUCUAUCUGCUUGUUGCCAAUGGGAGCCUGCCCUUCUGACCUCCUCAAACCACUGUUUGUGCUGUCUCCUUUUUAGAGACAGCACCCCCCACCCGCCCCUCACUGCCACCACCACUGCCCUGGUAUUAAAACUUGUGUACCUGUUCGCAGAUUUUCAAGUAAAAAUGGGAAUUUAAAGGCCAUUUUCUUAAUUGAUGUUUUCAAAAGACAUUAGCUGGCAUAGCUAUGGUUUUUUAGUUUGAUCUGAUGCAGGAAAUGUCUAUGCAUUUGGUCUUGAACGUGAUUAAAAUGAGGAAGGGACUGAAAGAAACCCACCAUCCCCAGACAAUCAUUUGAUCCCAUAAACACGAAACCUAAUGAUAGCUUUCGUUUUGAGGCAAAGGUAAAAUCCUCAUUAGAGUGUGACAAAAUGCUACUUGUCUGAAUGGUUUAUGCUGACAAUGGGCUGACCUGGUGGUUUUAAAAUUAUUGUGCUGUUUUUCCCACUCAGGGUGGUAGGAGAGGUGAUUCUUGGACGUUUAUUAACUCAAAAAGAACGCAGAAGUUGGCAGAACAGGACUGCCUGGCAGAAAGGGGCUGUUUUCCUUUUCACUAUUAUUAUUUUAAACUUUGAUGGGCUGCUGACGUCAGCAAAUAUGCUUGACACCUGUAAAGCAAACAAGCCACAUCACAAGGAGAAGGCCUGUGGGAUUUUCUGGUGCCCUAUUUCUAGAACCUUCCCUGUCUUGACCAUUUGAAGGUGCUUCUUUAGUCAGCUGUUCAGACAGCUGUGAGGCUUUAUUGAUAACAAAUGGCAGCCUAGUUGGCCCAUUUUUUUUCUCUUAUCCAGAUCAAUUAUAUUCCUAAAAGGCUCUCUUGGUGAGUAGAAGAAAGGAGUGUGUAGAACACGCUGGCGUGGGGGAGUGAGGAGGAAGGAGACAAUGGUUCUUUUUACUAAGAGCUUUUGUAAGCCUGAGAAAGGUGAAAUACAGUUAUAAAAAGCACCAAAACAGUGCCUGUGCAUAGGAAGUGCUUAAUAAAUGCUAAAUACUUUAAAUUUUCAUUCACAUUUAUGGUCACCAUGGCCCUAAGAAGGAGAGUAAAUGCAUGACAGGGAAUGUACCAAUAUCAGGAUUUCAGGGCCCCUGGGAAAAUUAACUCAGCUCCUAUUCUCCAGUCCUAAUGGAAAUCCUGGGCAGAAACCAGCAAACUUAAGAAGGGUAUGAAAUGUAGGUCCCUUACCAGCCAGCCCCACCUUUUUUUUUUUUUGGAAUUGAGAUAAUUUAUUGUAUUUUUGAUCUGAGUUAUCCCAGUCUCAGCCAUCUCUCAAACCAAAAGAUUCCAUAUGGCAUCUCUCUGUUUGUUUAUUUCCUUAUAAAGUGUGUUUAUUUUUUUCUGAUUAGAAAAGUUGUGUACACUAUAGUCCUUAUGAUGAACCUGAAAAUAACAUAAAUAAAAAGGCAAGAAAAGUCACUCUAAAUCUCUGUACCAAAAACCUGUCACUACCAAGAUUAGUAUAUUUACUUCCAAACCUUUUGAAUUGUGCAGAUUUCAUAUUUGCUUCUGUAUUUAAAAAUAUAUAAUUUUGAUAAGAUUGUAUAUACAUGUUUAUACUCAGGUUUUGACAGACUCCCUAUAAACAGAUCCACCCAAAUUGGUGGAUAUACCAUAGUUUACAGAACUGGGCAUGUUAUCAGUUUGUUUCUCAUACUUUUUUUUAUUGUUAUAAAAUAACACCAUAAUAAGUUUC